CAAUUUUCCAUUAUAAAUUUAGCUCCGGUGCUGUGGCGCCAUGGCCUCCACAAGCGCUGAGUUGGAAGCAAAGUUGCUGAAGCGACGACAGAAGUGCGAGGGCGCCAUCUCCCCGCCAACGCAGAAGGGCAGCCGGGUUUGGUCCGAUGAGAUGGCCAAGACGGUGUCUCAACAGCGGCGAGCACGACUCAAUGCCCAAGGCGGUGAUGCGAAUGGCAAUCCACAAGAUGUCGACACGGCACCUCGCAGCGUCUCAUCAACCUCAUCUUCCAGCAGGCCGAAGGGGAAGGAUGUGGAGUCGGCUGCAGUUGCUGCCAGAUUUGGCCAGAAGUAUUUAAUCCUUUUGGGCUGCAUACCGGCAUUGCUGCUGUGCAUGUUCCUUUCGCAGAGACCCUUCGAGAGGCCGGGUGCCGAGCUUGCCAGCCACAUGGCAGGGGAUUCGCCGGAGGAUUCGCCGGAGGAGGAUUGGCCUGAACUCUCAGAGAAGCCACUCGUGCCGAUGAAGGAUCCGCUGCCGGAAUUGGAAGAGGAGCUGCCCUUUGAUUUGCAGCAGUUCAGUGCCACCGUCCAAGAAUCGCAUUUGCAGCCACACCACAGCUCUGUAGCUGCUGACGCCAGGGCCCCACGGGACCUGACCAGCGAGUGGUCGCACUUCCUCUCCGAGAACGGAGCGAUCCGACAGGUCUACCGCCUCGGCCGCUUGACCGUGUCCGAGGCAUCUUCCAGGCCUGUCGCCGUCACGGUGAACAUCACCUUGGCAAACACGGGCCAAGGCGUUUGGCCUGCCAGAACAGCCUUGCAAAUCGCUCACGGCUCGGAUAUGGGGGUCAACACCUUACUGCUUGGCAGGGUGAUAGAGCCUGGAAUGGAGCAGCAGGUGUCCUUGCACUUGAAAGUGCCACGGACCAAACAGGCCGACUCACCGACAUGCAUUUGGGCACUCAGCUUAGAUGGACAUGUCUUCGGCGUUUUGCUCCUCUUAGAGAUUGACUGGAUCGAAAGCCAUGGCUCCGGACUCCUGGAACAGGCCUCCGAUAUUCUUCAGUCGGCCAGGGCUCAUGUCCAUCACGUCCGGCUGCAGCUGCACCACGAGGCUUUGAACCAAGAUGCCACCCAAGCUGGUGACGUGACAGAGGAAUGGUCUGCCGACCUCCGUGGAACCAGCAUGACCGAGGCCUACAGGCUUGGAAGCCUUUGGGUGGCCCCCAGCCAAGCUGGGGAUGUGGGGCACCUGGAAGUCUUCGUGUCAUUGGAGAAUCCGGGUCAAGAUCCCUGGCCCAACGAGACCCAGAUUCAGCUGGUGAGCGGCCGUUCCUUUGGCGUCGAAUCCCUGGAGGUGGACCCAGUAAAUCCUGGGUCGCAGGUGGAAAUUGUCAUGCCCCUCGACAUUCCCCUGGACCCAGCUGCAGAUGUUCGCAACGUCGUGGAAGAAAGUGUUUGGGCCCUCGCCGUGGCCGGGCACACCUUCGGCCCUUUGCUGGUCUUGGAGCUCCGUUACACUCACACAACCAAAGUGAUUUAA